UUUGCUUCAUGACAACCUGAAGAAUCAUCAAGAAAUAUUACCGAGCUGUUGUUAAAACAAAAUAUACGUAGUAAUAAGUGAUGAACGAGCGUUACAUUAAAUCAACACUCUUGUCUUCAGUGUUAGCUAGCCUAUAUUUUCAUUCAUUUCAUUUAAAUUGAACUUAGAUGGGGUCCAGCAGCCACAAAAAAACCCACCAACAGUCUUAAUUCUUGUCAUUUCUGAUACAUAUAAAUAGAGUUUCAUCCUGCAGAAUGCUUCGAGAGUCGUAUCCCUUCGCGGAGGACAGUUUCAGCCGCUUCCCGUCGCAGAGCAACAUUUACGGGCUGUGUCAGGCCGGGGAGCAGGAGCUGUUAGCAGCCACUCUCAAAGGGAAGGUGGUGUGUUUCAGAUACCAGGAGCUGCAGCAGAAGAUCCGACCUGUGGCCAAGGAGGUGCAGUUCACCUACAUCCCAGUUGAUGCAGAGAUUGUGUCAAUAGACGCCUUCAACAAAUCUCCACCCAAAAGAGGCCUGGUGGUGGGCAUCACAUUCGUGAAGGACUCUGGUGACAAAGCCACGCCGUUCCUCAAUAUCUACUGUGACUAUGAGCCGGGAUCAGAGUUCAACCUGGAGUCCAUCGCACAGAGCUGCCUGAAUCUGGAGUUGCAGUUUACGCCCUUCCAUCUCUACCACACAGAAGUGCAGUGUGAUGACGGAGGCAGAGAGACGGUGUUUCUGCUCAGCGGUCACGACCAGAGGAUCCACCUGUACAAGGAGAAUGCCUCCCUCCACCAGUUUGAGGAGCAGCCAGUGGAGAGACUCUUCCCUGAACUACAACAACUACCCAGCAAUGUGCUAUGGCUGGACAUGUUGAGUAUCACCGAUGGACGGCGACUCUCAGCGUUUGGCUGUCAGAAUGGCUGCGUUGGACUGGCUCUGGUCAACCACACAGGACCAGAGGUUUUGCAGAGCUGGCGCUUCCAGUUUGACAGUCCGAUCUCUUCAGUGCUGCUGUUCCCUCUGAGCUACCAAACUGAGCCCGACCAGCCCAGCGGAGAGAAAAGUGUGGAAAUGGAAGGCUACAAUCUUCUGGUAACCAGUACCAUAGAAAUGGCAGUUGUCUACAGAGAUGUCCAGGUGCGAGGCUUGUCUCACUCGGUGUGCCUCUCUGAGAGCGACCAGUGGGACGCAGUGCUCUGCGCUCUGGUCAUUGACCUGGAUUUUGACGGGCAGAAGGAGGUGCUGCUGGGAACAUAUGGGCAGGAACUUCUUUGUUACAAAUUUCAGCCGGCAGGGAGAGGACGAGACGGACAGUUUCAGCUGCAGUGGAGGCGGAGCUUCAAGAGUCCUCUGCUGUCCAUCAUCUACCUAGACUUGACGGGGGACGGUCUGAGAGAGCUGGCUGUCCUCACGCUGAAGGGUCUGCAUAUCUUACAGCACUCCCUCACCAGCACCGCUGACCUGGUCCUCAAGCGGCUCGCCCUCAGGGUGUCAGCGCUCACAGCUGGCUCCGAGCCAGAGUCAUCCAAAGGGCAGGACGCCGAGGAGAAAGACGCUCCUGCUGAUAAAGAGGAGUGUGCAGCUCAGACACAAUCGACUUAAGAAGAACAGCGUGUUCCCCACGUGUGACUCCUGAUGGAUCAGACUGAAGUGUUUUUUCUGCAUUUACAGGUUGAACAGGGAGGAUUUUCUCAGUAUUCCUCAACAGUUCCAUUCAUAGACACUAACAUCACCUCAGCCACCCAAAGACAGUAACACUCUGCCCUGUGGUCAAACAUGAUGAUGUGCUGUAGAUAGUGUUUAGUCCUUUGCAGAUAAAUCACAUCUGGAAGUGUACACUAUCACUGUUCUUGUUGUUUGUCGGGAUAUUUAUCGCCUGUUGUUACUGUGCACUUCCAUUAAUGUUACUUUUUAACAAGUCAACACUGAUACCAAUGGAGUGAGAUUAUUUUACUCCUUUUAGUGCAAACUUCCAUUUUUAGUUCAUCUAAUGGGUCUCGGGACAGCAACAAUUGUAACUAGAGAAUAUCAAUUAAACAAGUGGAGAUUUUUUUUUUAUAUAUUUCUUUAAUAUCUAUAUUCAAAAUACAUAAUUGAUAUAAUGACA